CAUCAGCCUUCACAGCGGCGCGCAUCAGGGAGCGCGCUCGAGCUCAGAGAAUCAGAGCCCAGACGUUUCUUCAGUGAUCCAAUUCUUCACUCGGCUCCUUCUCAGUGGAUUAAUAAACGGUGGCCCUGUGUUUGAAAAUGGUGGCUCCUGGCUUGUGUCAACUCUUCAUUCUACUUCUUAUAACACUGUCUCACACUUUGCACAGCUCUGAAAUCUCAUCUGACAAUUUCAAACAGAGUCUGACCCCCUCCACCACUACCUCCAAGGAACACCCUGAAACAGGACUUACCGGUGGCAGACAACAAAAGAGACACUGGUCAGGCAAAGAACGGGAUAGUGCUGGGCUGUUUUCUCAAAGGCAUAUGGACAGACUGGAGGAUGAUGGGACAAGUAUGGAGGGUCUGAGCCCCGUAAGGCUAGAGAUGGGACCUGGGGACACUAUGAAGGCAGAAGUUCACGGUGAGGUCAGGGCUUCUGCUCAAAUGCGUCAAGGAAGUCAUCCAGCAGAAGGAGAGUUAAAUCGUAAAGGCAGACGACAUAGUCACAGGCUUCUGGCUGAGCACAGAAAGCAUGGAGGCAAAAAAGACAAAGGUCGAGGUAAAGGGGAUCUCAGCGACCCUGAACCAGAAUUAGACUCCUUGCUGAAGGACUUAAAUGCAUUUGAGGAUGGUCUAAACACUUCUCCACCCAAUUACAACAGUGUCCCUCUCAAUGAAGUUCCCUCCCCUCUCUCCCCUAUUUUGGUAACCACGGCAAUCAAAGGGCAUCCCCCAACACUUCCCCCAGCCUCCACCAAACCCCAGGUACCCUGGCAAGUAGAAGCGACCUUGAAUAUAAAGAAGUCAAGCCAAGGCAGGACUCAAGGUGAAGUGAUGCCCACUCUGGACAUGACCCUCUUUGACUGGACUGAUUAUGAGGAUAUGAAGCCUGCAGACAGUUGGCCAUCAAACAAAAGAAAAGAUAAACGUCGCAGCAAAAACAAGAGCAAUGGAAACACAACAACUGAGGCUGGAAUUGUUGAACCAUGUGACCAUCAUCUUGACUGCCUUUCUGGUUCCUGUUGUGACCUCAGAGAAUUUGAAUGUAAACCUCACAACCGUGGCCUAAAUAACAAGUGUUUUGAUGACUGCAUGUGUGAGGAGGGUCUCCGAUGUUACGCCAAGUUCCACCGCAAGCGGAGAGUGACCCGAAGACGUGGCCGCUGUGUGGACCCUGAAUCAGUCAACAGCAACCAAGGAGCUUUUAUUACCGUCUGACUGUAACAAAUGCAGUAUAAAGACAGAUGAGAGCCUAUACCCUAAUACCCCAUUACCAGACAUGCAAGACUUGCUCAUCGAAUGUGUUUACAUGAACUACACAAUUACUGCUGAGAUUUUUUAUUUAAAUUAUAAGUAAUUUAUCCUUUGGAAACACUAAAAGACAAACUAAAUUUACAAGUUAUAGUUCAAAGAACCAGAAUUAACAGUGUCAUUAGAUAAACUUAAGAAAGAGAUAAAGAAAUCCCAGAAGGCACAGGACGUCAAAACAUGACAUCAGAUUGAUGUUGUACCCCAACAUCAUGGGACGUUGCAUUUUGUUUGGAAAUGAAAAUCAGGUUGACGUCAGAAUCCAAAGUCAGGCCAGCGUCAAUGUCCAACGUCAUACAGACGUUGCAUUUUGGUUACUUUCCAACACAAUCUAAAACGAUAAAAUAUCAAUGUCUAAUGAUGUUACAGCUUGACGUUGUGUGGAUGAUAUCAAUAUGACAUUGGACUUUGGUGAUUGAAUGUCAGUAAUUGACAUCAAUAUGGUGGUUUAAGAUGUUGUCCCGACUUUGGAUUUUUUUUGUCACUUUCCAACACAACCUAAAACCAACAAAAUAUCAAUGUCAUUUCACAACGUUUUUGGACGUCAAAAUAACAUUGUCAUUAGAUGCUGAUGACCUAAAUCUAACCUGAUAUUAAUGUUUUAAGAUGUUGUGUGUCUGCUUGGGUGUUUUCCCUUCCUUGAAAACAUUUCUGAAGUUUUGCUUUUUUUAGCUAUUAGCUGUUUAGCUGUUCAUUUAAAUUUUAUUUAUAAUAAUUUGGCACCCUUGCCCUUGAAUAUAAGUGUGAUCAGCACAUUACUAGACAUCAUAUAACUAUUUAUCUAGGGAACAACUCACAAGUUCUCGUGAUUUAUGCUUGUUUUUUUCCAAUAAUGGCAUUUAUUGAAUAAUGUAUGUAUAGUGUAUUUUGCUAGAUAGUCAGCUGAAAAUAAACAUUUACUGUAAAUACCUCCUCAAACUAUCCAAGAUGUUGGUGAUAUUUUUUCUUCAGUAGAACAGUAAAGAUUUUUAGCUAAACAUGUUGUCCUCUGGUAUCCAUUAAAUGUAAGUCAGUUGAUGUUGUUACUUUGUGUCACGAUCGGUGAAGGGAAAAAGGAGCAAGGACCCAAGCGCAGAGUGAAGUAGGAUUUAUUAAUUAAAAAA